AGGUAAUCUGAUGUUCAUGAUGGUUGCUUGGAGUUUACUUUUCUUUCAGUUGUUUAAAUUUAUAGUUAGUGUAAUCGUUUAGGUGAAGUUACGAACAGAGUUGACGGUUCCCUCGCGACUCGUAGGCAGAAUCAUUGGCAAGGGCGGGCAGAACGUGCGCGAGCUGCAGCGCAUCACCGGAGCAUCGGUCAAAAUUCCUGAAGAUGAGCCCAAAGUUACAGACCCAACUACACAUGAUGAACCCAAAGAAGGAUCGUCGUCACCUUCGCCCAACGACAGCGGUACCGUUGUGCGGAUUGUAGGUAAUUUUCUGGCCACCCAAAGCGUACAGGUCCGUAUAGGACAACUUAUUGCCGAUUUCCAACGUGCUACCAAUUUGCACGGUGAUAGGCGCAAGGAAGAGCCUCAAGGUUAG